UUUUCGUUGGCUAAAAGAUUAAUAAAAGUUUCUGGAUAAUUUUUGAAUUAAAAUGCGUUUUUCUCCAAGAUUGUAUGCCCAACAUUUGGGUUGGACAUUUAAAAAACAUUGGCAAGUACAGGGCAAACGUAUUCCAAACGAUACCGGUGCUGCUAGCGAAUUGCAAAAAUUGGGCAUUCAAGUGAAAGAUGUUGAAGAUGUAAUCCAUCCAAAAUUGGAAAAACAGCGAAUUGAAAUCGUUGGAAAUCAUCCUAUCGUUGUCCCUGAAGAUGAAUCCCAUCCGCACUGGCACCAGCAGAAAUGCCAUAUUUAUGGAAACGCUAACGUCUUACUUGAGGGUGUGCAACAAGCUCAAGUUCUCACUAAAACUAUAGAAAUUAAAGGUUUUCCAAAAACAAUCCAAGAUUCUAUAACGAAAAUACAAUUACCUACCAAUGUUGAUCGACAUGUUCACCAAUUGAUAAUGGCAUCACAUGUUUUGGACGCAGAACAAGUAAAAUUACCAAAAGUCAAAUUAUCGGAUAGACCAGCUUUUAAUCUCCCAAGGGAUUAUGGAAUUUCUCACCAGCGUAAAAAUCGUUUACUAACUAACAAAUUGAUUACUGAAUGCGAAAAAUUAUCUGGUCGGUCUGUAGCCUCUCGUCGCCAAUUGCUUGAUCAGGUUGAUUUCAAGGUUACCGUUCCAAAAGGUGACGAUUUAUUGCAGUUUGAGUUAUCUGUCGAAAAAUUGAUAACAUCAUCACGACCAAUUGAGCAAAUCAAAGUUAAAUAUGAUGGAGAAUUGCCCGAUUUAUAUCCUAUCAAGUACACAAUUUCUUUGCCAAAGAAAAAUAUCUACACAACUGAAACAUUUUAUCCUCUUAGUAAUAGGAUUAAUUCUUCAAAUCCCCAUACAAUUAUUACGUUUUUCAAUAAGGAAUUGGUUGGGAAUCUGCAUGAUGUUGGAGUUACAACAAAUCAAUUUCAGAGUCGCACAAUGUUGAAAGCUUUUGCAGUAGCAGCUGCACGAGCAAAACAGUUAUAUGGGGAAUCCGCUAUAGAAAAUUUGCCGAAACCAAUUGUGGUGCAAAGUAUACAGACAGAUGGGCGCACGUUUCAUUUUGGUAUUUUUCAAUUAAAUACUUUGGCUCUUGGAGAAAAUGGCGAUUUGAAAAAUUAUUGGUUCAACGAAUCAAAUAUGGAUCUGUUCGCUGAAUGUGGUUAUAAAACUGGUCGUCCAUAUUUGGAAGGAUACAAUAAAGACGUUUUUCGCUGUUUGAAUGCGUUUUAUAAUAAUUCCUAAAUACAUAUACAUACGUAAAUAAAUUAUUGGUUUUUGUUAAAAAUAAUAA